GCACCUCUUCUUGGUCCUUCGAGUCGGACAAGGACCCUUCUCCUUCCGCCGGCUCCAUCUCAGUCUUCUAAGGAUCUUUAAUUAUGAUCAUGGUUUUUGAAAAUGUUUUCUUGAUAGAAAAAUUUUUUUAAUCCACAGAAUCAAGAAAGUUUCAAAGAUAAAGGCAAGAAAAAGUGCUUCCAAAAGAGUAGUAGAGGUGGGGGAGGGGCAUAGAAAAAAUACAUUCUGGUAUUUUAGACAGGCACAUAUCAGCGCUACCUACGCGUGAGGGUCCUUGGCUGCGACUGUAGGAAACCCCGUGAGUUGGCGGGGCGGUCUUUCUUUCGGAUCCGCCAUCGGUGGGUGGACCCAGCGUCACGAUGCAGAUUUUCGUGAAGACUUUGACGGGGAAGACCAUCACUCUUGAGGUCGAGCCGUCCGAUACUAUUGAAAAUGUCAAGGCCAAGAUACAAGAUAAGGAAGGUAUUCCUCCUGAUCAACAAAGAUUGAUUUUUGCUGGCAAGCAGUUGGAAGAUGGGCGUACUUUAUCUGAUUACAACAUUCAGAAGGAGUCUACCCUUCAUCUUGUUCUGAGGCUUCGGGGUGGUGCCAAGAAGAGAAAGAAGAAGUCUUACACCACUCCCAAAAAGAACAAGCAUAAGAGAAAGAAGGUUAAGCUUGCUGUUCUGAAGUACUAUAAGGUUGAUGAGAAUGGCAAGAUUAGCCGCCUUAGACGAGAGUGUCCUUCUGAUGAAUGUGGUGCUGGGGUCUUUAUGGCUAGCCAUUUUGACAGACAUUAUUGUGGCAAGUGUUGUCUAACCUACUGCUUCAACAAGCCAGAAGACAAGUAAAUGUAUAUGUGUUAAUAAAGACAUCAACUAUU